AUGGCAGUGGGUGGUGGACCGCCGGCGGCGGGCGGUGGAGCGCCGGUGGCGCCGGCGGCGGGGGUGGAGGCGCCGGUGGCGCAAGCGGCAGGAGGUUCUCCCGUUGCUGCUGCUCGGCGGGAGAUAACGAGGGCAGCCGGCGCUGAGAUGGAGAGGGCGGGGGCGCGGCCGCUUCGAUGCUCGGCAGCGGCGCGGGUGGCUGGGUACGCGGCAGGAGGGCGGCCGACUGGAGGAGCGCGGCCGUUGCUGCUACUCGGCGGCGGCGCGGGAGCCAGGGCCUCGGGCUCGGUUGAUGCGAGAUUGGGAGGUCACCCGUUGCGAGAAGUCGCGGGCAGCGGCGCGGCCCUUGCUCCUGCUCGGCGGCGGCGCGGCCCUUGCUCCUGCUCGGUGGCGACGGAUGUUGUUGGGGGCGCGCGAGGAGGGUGGCGAUGGGUGGCCGAGGGGAGGAGCCUCGGGCUCGAGGGAGCGAUUGUUGCAAAUGAAUGGGAAAGAGGUGGGGGGUCGGGGGUCUGGGGGGCUACGGAGCGAAUUUGCGGGAUGGACUCAGCUAGGCUGAGUUGUGAAGCUUGA